AUGAGCCCGCAACUAUCGCCAAGGGACACGCUGACGUCAUCGGAAUCAUCAUCAUCAUCUACGUCAUCACCCUCCAUCUGCCAGGGGUCACCAUCCUCUCUAGGCCAGACUUCGCCAUCCACACAGUUUCCAAUCUCACCGGUGUACCCAACGACAUCAUCUUUCGCCGACGUCUGCCAGAAAUUCAGUUCCCCGGCUAGUUUUACGUACGGACCGGUUAAAAAACAAACAGCUUGGCCGGAAACCGGUCACCGGCCGUAUUUCAAUUUCUACAACUCGGAUUUUAAUCCCAUGCAAAGAGACGUCUGCGGUUUGAGAAACGAUUUCAUGUACCCAGAUACCGUUUGGAAGAAAUGUUCGGAUCUUCUGCUUCUUGGUCGCGAGAUCCCAUGUGACUAUUACCACGGUCAAGGUCAUUUCUUACGAGAUAACCUCGGCGGCAGACAAAGCGAAUGCAUGACGUCGCUAGGGGCGCUGUCGGAGUUUACGUCAUCGUUCAGACCGGAAAUCACGGCGCUGGGGCAGGAUAUGACGUCAUCGUACCACUGCGGGCAGUGCCAGAAGCCGUUCAGCACCCCCCACGGGCUGGAGGUUCAUGUCAGGCGCUCACACGCCGGUUCAAGGCCGUUUGCUUGUAAUGUGUGCAACAAGACGUUCGGCCACUCAGUCAGCCUUGACCAGCACCGCGUCAUACACAACCAGGAGCGGUGCUUCGAGUGCCACCAGUGUGGGAAGACCUUCAAGCGCUCCUCCACCCUCAGCACCCACCUGCUCAUCCACAGUGACACCCGCCCCUACCCCUGCCCCUACUGCGGGAAGCGGUUCCACCAAAAGUCUGACAUGAAGAAACACACGUACAUCCACACAGGUGAGAAGCCCCAUAAGUGCCAACAGUGCGGCAAGGCGUUCAGCCAGUCAUCCAACCUCAUCACCCACAGCCGCAAACACACCGGGUUCAAACCCUUCGCCUGCGCCCAAUGCGGACGAGCUUUUCAAAGAAAGGUCGACCUGCGGCGCCAUUUUGAAACCCAGCAUGCCAUGGGAAAUGUUCUUAAAACCCUGGAUCUGGAUAUCAUUCAAGCGACUUGA